UUAUAACAUAUAAAUUAGAUGGAGAUGGUAUGAGACCUCCUGCGAAUUAAAAUAUAUGAAAAUUAAAGAAUGUGGAGGGCUAACCGUCACCUUCUUACGCCGCAAUGGAAUAAGUUAUCACGACAGUGCAAAUGGUCUACUUUGAAGCGUGGUCUUUGUGCAUUGAAAGAAGAGAGCAAGAAAUGCAACUCUGUAGAGGCUGCAAGUCAGUUAAAACCAGGUGACACAAUAUGCGGAUAUACAGUCAACAAGGUUGUGCCAGUACCUGAACUGUUCCUAGUGUCUGUCCAACUGACACACAAUAAGACAGGAGCCGAGCAUUUACAUAUUGCAAGAGAUGAUGCCAAUAAUGUUUUUGGUGUUGGAUUCAGAACUACUCCUAGGGACAGCACAGGGGUUUCCCAUAUUCUGGAGCACACAGCUCUGUGUGGCUCACAAAGUUACCCAGUCAGAGAUCCAUUCUUCAAGAUGCUUAACAGAUCCCUCUCUACCUUCAUGAAUGCCUUUACAGCUAGUGAUUUCACUUUGUACCCUUUCUCAACUCAAAACCCUAAAGACUUUGAGAACCUGCUUUCUGUUUACCUGGAUGCAGCCUUCUUUCCAUAACUAAGAGAGCAAGAUUUCAGGCAAGAAGGUUGGCGGUUAGAGCCUGAAGAUUUGGCCAAUCCAGAUUCACCAUUGAUUUUCAAGGGAGUGGUCUUCAAUGAAAUGAAGGGUGCCAUGUCGACACCAGAAUCACUAUUUGUUCAUCAUGCCCAGAGCAACUUAUUACCCAGUCACACAUAUAGUAAUAAUAGUGGAGGGGAUCCUCUGUGUAUUCCAGACCUCACAUGGCAACAGUUAAAAGAUUUUCAUGCCUCACACUAUCAUCCCAGUAAUUCCAGGUUCUAUACUUAUGGAGACCUUCCCCUAGAGAAAAAUCUAGAAAGUAUUGAGAAUAAAGUUCUACGUCAUUUUGAAAAAAUCUCUGUAACAACUGACAUUCCACAUGAACCACGCUGGUCAAAACCAAGAGAAAAACAUGUAACCUGCCCUGUUGAUCCAAUGGCAGCAAAUCCUGACAAGCAAACUACAGUUGGACUACAUUACUUAACAGGAAGUACCACAGAUGCAUUUGAUAAUUUCUCCAUGGUCAUUUUAUCUUCACUUUUAAUGAGUGGUCCAAAUUCACCAUUCUACAAUUCCCUUAUUGCACCAAACAUUGGCUCAGAUUACUCUCCAGGAGCAGGGUUUGAUAAUGGGACAAGAGAUGCUUCCUUUUCAAUCGGUCUUCAAGGCAUCAAGAAAGAUGACUACCCAAUAGUUGUUGAAAAAAUUCACAAGACAUUUGACCAGGUUAUUGAGGAAGGUUUUCCAUCUGAGAGGGUAGAAGCUACUUUGCACAGGGUGGAGCUUGCCACAAAGCAUCAGAGCAGUAACUUUGGACUGGGACUCAUUACGGGAAUAAUGUCAGCAUGGAAUCAUGGUGCUGAUCCAUCACAGUAUCUGCUUAUUAAUGACCAUGUGCUGCUGUUUAAGGAAAAAUUAGCAAACGGAUCAUUUCUACAAGAUAAAGUGAAGGAUUGUUUUAAGGACAACCCACACUGCCUCACACUUGUCAUGAAUCCUGAUCCAGAGUAUGAGACAGAACUGAACAAGAAAGAAAAAGAAAAGUUACAAAGCAAAAUUAGCUGUUUAUCUCAAGAAGAUAAAAUAAACCUCUUUCAAAAAGGUAUUGAACUGGCCGAACAACAGAAUGCUACAGAAGAUGUGUCCUGUCUACCGAAGAUGGCGAUUUCUGAUAUUGAUUCCAAGGUUAAGCCAGUUGAUUUGGAACAUUAUAUAUCCGCUGGAGUUCCUGUGCAGGACUGUGAACAGCCCACCAAUGGGAUUACAUAUUUUCAUGCGAUCUCCAGCAUUACUGAUAUACCCGAGGAUUUACGGCAAUACUUGCCUCUCUUCUGCUUCAUUUUAACAAAAAUGGGCGCUGGUAACCUCAGCUUCCGUGAAUUGUCCCAGCUGAUAGAGAUGAGGACGGGAGGCAUGGGUCUAUCUACACACGUGUCUUCUCACCACAGUCACGUUAACGCAUUUGAACAGGGUCUUUCCUUUGCCUCUCACUGUCUUGACAAGAACCUUCCUCACAUGUUUUACUUGUGGGCAGAAAUCUUUUCCAGACCUACAUUAAACGACCUUGAGCGUUUGCGCACGCUCGUUAAUCUGCUCGCUUCAGACUUGGCGAUGUCUGUAGCCCACUCGGGACACUCGUAUGCGAUGGCACUCGCCUCUAGUUCCCUGUCUCCCGCGGCACAUCUCAGUGAGCAGUUUUCAGGACUUUCUCAGAUGCGCGGUGAACACAACAGCUCAAGGUCGGCAAGCAGUGGAAAAUGCUUUAGAGGGUUUCUGUGAUUCGCUGCCCAGUAGUUUAGUCGAAGAAUCAUCUCAUGUUCAGAGCCCAGACUACACGCCAUCUGCGGUUAAGACCCAUUAUGAGGUACCGCUCCCAGUAAAUUACAUCAGUAGGUGCCUACCCACAGUUCCCUACACACACGAAGACCAUCCAAAAUUAAGAAUUCUGGCCAAACUACUCUCGGCGAAGUUUCUUCACCGCGAAAUAAGGGAGAAAGGUGGAGCGUAUGGAGGUGGCGCUAAGAUGGGAGGCGGUAUCUUUUCAUUCUACUCCUACAGAGAUCCUAAUUUCGAUGGUACGCUGUCAGCGUUUGAGAACUCCAUUCAGUGGGUACUUGAGGGAAAGUUCACAGACCAAGACAUUGAGGAAGCUAAGCUUUCGGUUUUUGCUGAGGUCGACAAACCAGUGUCUCCAAGCAACCGCGGUAUGCUCUACUUUACUCAAGGUGUGACAGAUGAAAUGCGCCAGAGAAACAGAGACCGGCUGUUUAGCGUGACCGGGGAUGACGUCAUUCACGUGGCGCGCACGUAUCUGGCCUCCUCAGACGUUCCCAACGCAGUAGCAGUUCUAGGGCCUGGAAACAACGUUACAGCCAAUGAUAGUUCUUGGAUCGUAAGAAGAGAAAGCUUGAGCUGAUUUCGACAUUGCUGUUGGAUUAGUUGGACAUUUUCUAACUGGGCGCUCAUGAUCAAAGACCGCUACUGGAAAUGGCUGAUGACAAGCAGCAUACAUUUUCAAUCGGGUCUGUUGCAUUGCGUGAGGCGAAAGAGCGUUCGAAACCCAAGAGGUGGUGCCGGGGGAGAGCAGAAAAUAUCGAUAAGCCUCACCCCCCCUCCCUCAUCUUACUCCCUCCUACACGCCCGCACAUGUCUUUAAAAAGAUUUAAGCUGAGAAUGAAUGAAGCUGCUCACAGAAACGCCGACGGGACAGACUAGACUUAUAAUCCAUCUUGAAGCAAAUCAAUGAGCUUGAAGACAAUGUCCAAAUGCAAGUUGUAGACCAUCACCUGAUAAUCCGCCUCGCAAGAAUUUUCCGUUUGGUGAUAAGCAUGAUACCGGAUCAAGACACCAUAACACGCCUAAUUAUUUGUAACUCUAACUUUAGAAACUGAAUUUGUUUCUAUUCAAUUUGUCUUUUCCAAGAUAUAAUGUUGAAAAACGAGA